AUGUUUCUUACACUAACAUUCCCUCUCACUAAAUUCAUCAAUCUCCUUCUUCGCACUUUUAUGGUUCACCAACUCUCGCUAGUCUCCACUGUCGAACACGGCUACUACGUCCAAACUGUGGCCACCCUCAAAGCAUUAACAGGUCUUCAGUCUACACAAAACAUUGCAACCUAUAACCUCGUCACAAAACCUCAUGAUGUGUUCAAACCAAAGGUCGAAGCUGGUAAAGUCAACCAGAUAGAACAGUACUAUAUGAAGUGUAUAACUACCUGGGACGAGGAUACGGGCGAUAUAGAGAAGCCUAUACUCAAGGAUAGCAAUACUGUGGAAGCAAGUCGGUUAUUUGUGGGCGACAACAAUAAACGUAUAUGGACGUUACAAAUAUCAGACAUACCUGUUGCUGGCAAGAACCAAACAUGUUCAGCACAAACCAUAUAUGACUCAACAUUAGUUCAUCAUCAUACCAAGGUGGUGGACAAAGUAGAAAAAGAAAACCUGGAUCAAUUUGAGUUUGUCAGGAACGACUCGUUUCUUCAAUUCUUGAGCGACUUGGGCUACGAUGUUAUUAACCAGUUUUGGCUAAAAGGAGUCCGUUUUUUCCACGGCGAUAUAGUCAUUGAAAUAUUCAAGGUAUUUAUACGAGACGAUGAACGCCAGUCGUCAGACAAUGCCAUUGCCUUGAAGCUCUUGGAUGAGUCCAACACUUUCCAAUUCAAAGCCUACAUCAACGUCCCCAAGGCCACCGACGUAGAUGCUAUUAAUCAGGGAACUAAAGAGCUCUUGAAAUUGCAGGAUUUUCUCAAGAAUUUGGUCAAAUUGGAGAUCCCUGACAGAAUACAUAUGGACAGUCGUGUAUCGAAAUAG